UCCUCAACACACUACAUCUUCGUGCGGCCGCACAGUACGAAGUCGAGCGACGAGGAGGAGGUCGACCGCGCGUCACGCACACUGUUCGCAGCUAAUCUUCCGCUGGACGCGGGCGAGCGCGACCUGCGCGCCCUCUUCUCGCGGUGGGGCGUCGUCGAAACCAUCGAGGAAGGUGGCGGCGGUGUUGAUGUGCUCGCCGACGCGGUGGCGGGCUUGCCAGAAUCCGACGAUGAAGAAGAGGAAGAGGAGGAGAAGGAGCCCCAGCCGGACGCGGACGGGUGGACGUUCGUCGGCGCGGCGCAGAAGGCGCGCAAGCGCCGACGUAAGCCGCAGCUGCCCGCGAGUGUGCCGACCGUCGUGCCGCUCGAAGGGGCGCCCCGCUCUCUGGGGCACAGCGGGGGGCGCGCGGCACGCAUCGUCUUCGCGGACGCUGUGUCUGUCUCGCGCGCCUUGAGCUACUCGGGCGCGCCGAUCGCACUUGCGCUCGACACGGAGCCUGCAGGCUUGAGCUUCUACGAGGCGCGGUACGAUGCUUUGCGGCCCCCGCUUGCUGCCGUGCGCGCACAUGCCGACAGUGCGAUGGCGCGGCACGACCACCUCCACUCGCUCCUGUUGGCGUCACGCGCCAAGGUGCAUGGCGCCGGUGCGCUGGUCGACGAGGAUGGGUUUACCGUCGUCGUGCGUGGUGGGCGGUACGGACGGACUGCAGGGCGUGGGGGUGCCGCCGGUGUUGCGGUGGCGAGCCGGGCGGUGGCGCAGAAGAAGCGCGGGAGCGGCGCGGGGGAGCUCAAGGACUUCUACAAGUUCCAGAGCGUGGACCGGAAGCGGAAGGAACUCGCAGAUAUGCGCGCGCGCUUCGAUGAGGACCGGCGCAAGGUCGACGAGCUCAAGCGCCAGCGGCGCUUCAAGCCGUACUAG